CAAAAUCAUCAUAGAUAAAGGAAUAAAUAUAAAUACCACGAAUUAAUUACAUAUAGUAAAGGAUUUUUUCAUAUUUCAAUAAAGGAGUAAAACAACAAGCUAAUAAUAACAACAUGAGUGACGAAGAAGAACAAGGAUUCCCAGUUAAAGUAUACGUAUAUGACAUUUCUAGAGGUAUGGCUGCUAUGUAUGCCCCUAUGAUUCUUGGAAUAAAUCUUGAAGCAAUUUAUCAUACUUCUGUGGUGAUAUACGGAAAGGAAUACUACAUCGACCAAGGGAUAAAGUGUGCAACUCCAGGAACAACAAAGUAUGGUGUACCAAUUGAAGUACUUGAUCUUGGUGAAACAUAUGUUACAGAAGAUAUUUUUGAUGAAUUUAUGAACGAAUUAAAGGAUGAAUUUAAAUAUUCCGCAAUUGCGUAUGACUUGUUUGAUAAUAAUUGUAACCACUUUACUGAUAAGGUUGUUGAAUUUUCAUCAGGGAAAAACUUGGAAGAUCGUAUUUUAAAAUUACCACAACAAGUUCUUAAUACACCAAAUGGUCAAUAUUUAAGACAAAUGCUUGGGGGACAAAUUGCUUAG